AUGACACCUAUUCAAUAUAGCUACCAGAUCCACCAUUUCAGUAGCAAUAAAAUGGCUUACUUGGUACGAAAACUUUUGGGGUUAUUGCUGUGCCUAAAGUGUGUGAUAGAGUUACAGGACAUCAACAUUGGAAUUGUGGACUACUGUGAAAUGAAGACUCUGAGCCAGACCAAAAACAGCUUUAUAAUGCGGUAUAAUUUCAACAAGCCCAUGAUGAAUAAUAUAUGGUUCUUGAUAAAUCUAAUGACAAGAAGCAGUGAAAACCACAAUGGUGAAUCGAUAUGGCAGCCUUACCUAUAUCCCACCAAUAUUGACCUGUGCCGGGUCAUGAAGAACCGAUAUAACCACGUGGCAAAAAUGGUUUUGGAUCUCAUUAAGGGUCACUCGAAUCUAAAUCAUAGUUGCCCAUAUUUGGUGAUUCUUCUCUCAAAGGAAAAAUACCUUGCCAUCGAUGACAUCACCAAUACAGAGAUUUCCACCAGGCUGCGUGGCAUCCCAAUGGCCAAGGGAAACUACUCCUUGUACGCCAAAUGGAUUAGAGAAAACAAAACGUUAGUUCAGACAAAUUUCUACUUUGAGGUUUUGAGUAAUUAA